UUUUAUUUAAAUGAUAUACUACAUACAUAUAUAAACAUAAAUAUAUUUUUGGAGGGUAAAUCACAAGACUGAUAUAUGAACCAGACAGGUGAUAUAUAUAUAUAUAGAAUUAAGACGGGAGAGUGAUGGAACAUGGCGUCAAUAUUGAUGGCGAAGCUGUUGCAUUUCUGAAUGAAAUACAUGAGGAGGCCGAUCCAAUUGAAGAUUUUCAAAGUGCACGGGGGAGUGAUUUUUCCAGUGUUUCAAGCGGAGUUGAUCAUCUUGAAUUUCUGAUUCAUGCAGAUCAACAACUUCAAAAUGAAAUAGAUGGUUUGCCACCUCUAGUCUCUGAACCAUGUAUUUUCAAAGUGAACGAGGGACUACGCAAAGGGAAUGAAGAAGCAUAUACGCCUGUCCUAGUAUCCAUAGCUCCUUACCACUAUGAAAACUCCAAUCUACGUGCAAUGAGAGAACAUAAGCUGCGCUAUUUUCAAUCCCUCUCCCAACGCAUUAAUAAUUAUAUAAAUGACACCAUCUCAGUGGCAGCUUACCUUAUCCUUGUGAACGAAAUGGCGGAUAGAGCUAAAGCCUGUUAUGCGGAUCCCAUACGUCUGGAGAGAGACGAAUUUGUGGAAAUGAUACUUCUUGAUGCUUGCUUUAUUAUCGAGUUUCUCCGCAAAAGUUGUUACGAAGAGCUAAGAGAUGAGGAUGACCCCAUUUUCAGAUCAUCUUGGAUGCAAAAGCAAAUUUGCCGGGACCUCAUGUUGCUUGAGAACCAGCUUCCCUUCUUCGUUCUUGAUGAAUUGUUUAACCCAACCUUAAACUUAACUUUCGAGAAAUUUCCCCUCCAUGUACUGGCAAUAUUUCCUAUCUUUGACAUGCUACCCAAAUGCUAUUCCCCUGAAAAAACCAUUGACCAAAUAAUUCAGAAAACAUCUGCUCAUGGACGUGAAAUCAAACAUUUUCUUGACUUGCUGCAAAUUUUUUACCGUCCCUCAUUUGAAGAGCCUUCUGCAAAUUUAAGUGAUGGUGAAAGGUGUACCCGAAUGUCUACCGCGAUGGAGCUUCAAGAGGCUGGUAUUAGCUUCAAAGUUGAUGAUGACAAUGAUGAUGUUAGCAUUUUCGAUAUAAGCUUUAAGAAUGGUCAAAUGAAAAUCCCUAAAUUUCAAGUAGCAGAUGGCACAGAUACAUUCUUACGUAACAUUAUUGCGUACGAGCAACAUUCUUGUGAUGUUGGACCCAAAUAUUUCACGGAUUAUAUGCACUUUAUGGAUUUGCUUAUCAACACCGAGAAAGACGUCAAUAUGCUUCGUCUCAAUGAAAUUAUUGACAACUGGUUGGGUGAUGAUGUAGAGGUGGCUCGUUUAUUUAACAAGUUGGGUGAUGGAGUACUAAUUUCACCAUCAAAAUUCUAUUACUCAGAUGUAUGCCAAAAGGUGAAAAAUCAUUGUGAAAACUGUUGGAAUCGAGCCAAGGCAAAGUUAAGACGCAACUAUUUCAACAACCCAUGGGUAGGCAUUUCAACAGUUGCAGCUUCCAUACUCCUUUUAUUGACCCUAAUACAAACUGUAGUAGCCCUCAUCCCUCCCUUCUCUUAGUCAGAUCAACAAGUGACAUUUUCUGUUCAUGUUACUUUCAAUAAGAUUUCUGUAUAAAUUAGUAUGUAUCAAAAUUUUAAUUUGUGUGUGUGCUCUUUAGAGAAUAUGUCUGAAUUCCCAAAAAAUAAUA